AUGCGUGCGAAUUGCAUGCAGAUUGAAGUCAAUGUACCCUGUAACUCGAUUGAUUUUGCAUGGCGGUGUCGUGUCGGUUUGCUGGACGUGUUUGCAGCGCGUUUCACUUCUUUGCUGCGCCUUCCCUUCUAUCCAGCCUCGCCAAAGAGUGUGAUUCCCAGCAGCGGCGGGAGCCUUCGUGUCUCGCCCAUCUGGUGUUAUCCUCUCGCGCCCCAUGCAGAAGCGACGCGUGCACAACCGACUACGGAUCGCUGCGGCCUGCGCUGCCAGGAGAGCACGUGGUGCCCAGCUUGCUUGCAUCGCACGGUCUAA